UACCAAGCUAACCACCAUUCUAAUUCUUCAUAUAUAUAAAACUUCUUUUUACUUCCUCUAUCCAAGAAUAUCCUUUAUAUAUAUAAUUCGUUUCUUCUUCUAAAUCCAGAUAACUUCAUCACCACAGUGAGCUUUUAAUUUCCUCUAUUUGCUGACAUGGGUUUGCAUGGAUUUGGAUGAUCCAUGAUAUAUUGUUGCAGUUAACCAUUGCUUUCAAUCAAGGAUCUCUUCUUUUGUUUUUUUUUUCUUAUACGUUCUGUCAAAUAAAGUGGCUUUUGAUGACUUUUCAGUGUACUUCUAGCCCUGGAAGUUUUAGUUUUUUCGUUUUUCGAUUAGCUUAAGAUGAGAAUUGUGCAAAACCUAAUGGAGCUUCUGAGGCAACUUGUGGGAUUGGAAGGAUGGGAUUAUUGUGUUCUAUGGAAACUCAGUGAUGAUCAAAGGUUUAUUGAGUGGAUGGAUUGCUGUUGUGCUGGAAUUGAGCUGGUCAAUGAUGCUAAGAACAACAUUAAUGGCAGAGAAGAACUUCAUUUUCCAGUCUCUCCACUUCUUCCUUGUAGGGAUGUUCUAAUUCAGCAUCCAAGAACCAAAUCUUGCCAACUUCUUUCUCAACUUCCUUCUUCAAUUCCCCUAGACUCUGGGAUUAGCCAUGCACAGACCUUGAUUACAAAUCAUCCCAGUUGGAUAAACUUCUCUAAUGCCUCAGAUGCUGAUAUUAUGGAGGAAAGAGUUUGGACUAAGGUUUUGAUUCCAGUGGUAGGAGGACUGAUUGAACUGUUAGCCACUAAAGAAGUACCUGAAGAUCCAUAUGUGAUUGAUUUUAUCACAGCUCAGUGCAACAUAUCAGUGGAUCAUCAGGAAGCUGCAAUGAUGAACACAAGCAACAUGGAUGUGCAUGAGAUGAACAAUGAUAUCCAUUUGGCCUCCCAAAUUUCAACAACCUUAGAAAAUUUAGAUCAUCAUGAGGUUCCAUAUGAUAUCUCCAUUGAUCGAAUUCAUCUAUGCAGUAGUAGUGCCACAACUUCUCCUAUGAACUUCUUGCAGCAAUUUAAUUUUACUGCCUCAGAAAAUAAUAAAACCAGAACUUCUGAUGUCUCCUUUGAAGGAUCCCAUCAAGAUCACCAUCAUCAUCGCUUCCUUUCUGAUGAUAAGCAAAUGAACCCGUUUCAUGCUUCACCACACUAUGGGGUUCAUCAAGAGAUGGAUGCACAUAACGCAAUCAAUAAUUCAGCAUUGCAUAUGCAGUUCAUGGAGGCUAAUUUGGCCGAUGAGGAGCAGUUUCAAGGGAAUGAAAAGGACUCCAACAAGCCGGAGAAUGGACGGUCAGAUUCAAUCUCGGAUUGUAGUGAUCAGAUUGAUGAUGAUGAGGAUGAUGAUGCUAAGUAUAGAAGAAGAACAGUCAAGGGACCUCAAUCUAAAAACCUUCUAGCUGAGAGGAGAAGAAGAAAGAAACUCAAUGAUAGGCUUUAUGCUCUUCGUGCUUUGGUUCCCAAAAUUUCUAAAUUGGAUAGAGCUUCUAUCCUGGGGGACGCCAUAGAAUUUGUGAAGGAGCUGCAGAAGCAAGAAAAAGAGCUUCAAGAUGAGCUGGAGGAGCAUUCAGAUGAUGAGGGUGCCAAUAACAUAGUGAAGCCUGAGAAUUCCAGUCAAAGUGGAACAAUUCUUGGGGCUAAAACUGAACAUGAUAAAGCUUCAAACGGGACAUUUCAUCAUGUGGGUGCUGCUUUGGGUAAUGGCAAUGGUGUUGCUCAAUUGCAGAAUCAGGACUUAGAAAUUACCAUUGACAAGACACAACAAAUGGAGGCGCAAGUUGAAGUGGCUCAAUUAGAUGGAAAGGAGUUUUUCAUUAAGGUUUUCUGCGAACAUAAGCCUGGAGGAUUUGUGAGAUUAAUGGAAGCUUUGAAUUCAUCGGGUCUGGAAGUGACAAAUGCAAAUGUGACCAGUUUUAGGGGACUUGUUUCUAAUGUGUUCAGAGUAGAGAAAAGAGAUAGCGAGAUGCAAGCUGAUCAUGUGAGGGAUUCCUUGCUGGAGCUAACAAGAAACCCAUCUAGAGUUUGGCCUCAUGAGAUGGCAAAAGCUUCAGAAAGCAUCAGUGGAAUGGGCCACAAUCAUCUUCAUCAUCUCGACCAAGAGCACCACCUUCAUAAUCACCAUAUAAGUUCCUACCAUCACCAUCUUCAUAAUUAAGUCUAAUUAUAUGUAUGAUUGUCAAUAAGGACAGCUUAAUACAGAAACACAGUGCUAGAACUUUGAUCUUCAAUCAAUGGACACUGGAUUAGCUUUGUUUGUUUCAA